GAAUAUUCUCUGCUCAAAUUCAUCGCUUGCUUGCUUAGGACGGAUCUGACAAGAACAUUCACUCGCCGGCCGGGCCCGAUCCCGAAAGACAUAUCGCCCGUGCCGGACAAUUCCACAAAAGUUGAUGGUGUGAGCCCUAGACCAAAUGUACGUUCAACCCGUCAAAAAACAAUGACCAUGGAUUCCUGUGGUACCCAUGAGCUGAGGAGAUUAUUUGCAGAAGCAAGGCAAGCCGGUUCAUCGUUGGAAGAGCUAGAAGCAAAAAUGGUAGAUCUUUUUCGCACGAAAGAAGGUGAAAUGAAUGGACGUCUUGCUAAGAUUAUGGAGCAAAUGGAACAAAUGGAAAAGCAUGACUCUGUUAGUAAUGAAGCGAAUCGUAUGGUCUAUGGGAAAUUGAUUGCCGAAUACGAAAUGAUGCUGGAGGAGUUGACGUCCGGAGCAUACAUUCAUGUGGGACGGCUUGAAGAGCAUGGUUAUAUGAAAAACGGCAGCUGUGGAGGAUCGUGCAGAGCAUCUGCGGAGCGAGACUCGAUCAAAGCAGAACUGGAUUCCAUGCAUGAAGACUACAGCAAGAUCUAUGAAAUGUACAAAAAGUUGCGCAAAGUGGCCGAAGAUCAAAAACUUGAGUACAUCGAGUUACACAAUAAGUACGUUGAAAAAGUGGAAGAGAACAAACGUAUGCAGGGAAAGAUGAGCCGUUUACGAGAGGAUGCUCAGAAUAAGCUGGAGCGUGCUUCUAAAGAUGUGGAAGAUUGUCUUCGCGAAAGAGACGAAAGUUUGGUAGGGCUACGACUUAAGGUCCGCCAAUUGGAAAUGGAUUUGAAAACAAGUCAACGUGAACUAGAAAUCAAGAAGAACGAGGCCGUUGAGCUACGCGAUAUAUGCAAUCAGCUGAUGUCCCAAAUGGAACCCGGGUCCGAUGUGGAGCAGUGA